AUGUCUUUUAUUUCUCAGUCCAGUGCCUUUGCAUCAGCUGAGCGCGGUGUGGAGCAGGGUGUACCAGUCUGCUUGGCUGGCUUCUGCGGCGGAGGGAGGCCUGGGUGUCUGCGCAGACCUGAGACAAUGGAGAGGAGCACAGGAAACAAUGGGGCUCUCCUCAUGUGGGAGGGGUGCGCGGCGGAGUGGGAGGGGUCCUCUCUGUUUGGGACACACUCCAGAAUAGAGCGACAGAAGGGCCGUGUGCUGCGGGACGGGCCAGAGGUCGAGGCUCAGACUAGUGUAGACACCGCGGGCCGUCUGGGUCAUGGCUGGCCCAUCACACUUCACUGCACCAUUAUUGACGGCUUGAACUGA